AGAUACACUCGGGAAGGCGAUGCCACAGAGCUUGGAGCUGAAAGGAAUAACAAAACAUGCUCUUAACCAUCAUCUCCCUCCCGAGAAGCUGGAGGAAAUUUCCCCCACCAGUGACAGUCAUGAGAAAGACAUAAGUUCCCAAAGCGAGUCUGACAUCACAAGAGAAUCACCUUUUACAUCAGCCGAUGCUGGGAAUUCACUGUCUGCUUUUCCAGGUUAUACAGGCGCAGGGAUAUCUACUGAAGGCAACUCAGACUUCUCCUGGGAAUAUGGUGAACUCGAUCAAAAUGCCACUGAAAAAGCCUGGGCAAUGUUCACAGCCAUUGAUGAACUCUUGUAUGAGCAGAAGUUGAGUGUGCAUACCAAGAGUCUACAAGAAGAGCGCCAACAGUGGACAGCUAGCUUUCCUCACCUCAGGAUUCUAGGUAGGCAGAUAAUCACUCCAAGUGAAGGUUAUAGAUUGUAUCCUAGAUCCUCCUCUGCUGUUUCAGCUUCAUAUGAAACAACCUUGUCUCAAGAAAGAGAUUCUACUAUAUUUGGUAUAAGGGGAAAGAAGUUACAUUUUUCAUCUUCGUAUGCUCAUAAAGCAUCUUCUAUUGCCAAAUCCUCCAGCUUUUCUUCUAUGGAAAGAGAGGAGGAAGACUCUAUAAUCAUCUCCGAAGGAAUAAUUGAGGAAUACCUAGCAUUCGAUCACACAGAUAUGGAAGAGGGAUUUCAUGGGAAGAAAUCAGAAGCAGCUACAGAGAAACAGAAAUUAGGGUAUCCUCCCAUUGCUCCAUUUUACUGCAUGAAAGAAGAUGUCCUUGUUUAUGUGUUUGACAAUGUAUGGAGCAAGGUUGUGAGCUGUAUGGAGCAGUUGACACGUAGUCACUGGGAAGGAUUUGCCUACCAUGAUGAGAGUAAUGUUGCAGUUACCAGACCCGAUUCAGAAAGUUUCUGUGUGCUGAGUGAGCCACAUCCUUUGGUGUUACCACGAGUGCCACAGUCUAAGGUGCUGUCCGUUACCUCAAAUCCAAUGAGUCUCUGUCAAGCAAGUAGUCAUCAGCCAAAUGUUAAUGGUCUCUUGGUUCAUGGGAUGCCUCUACAGCCAAGAAAUCUCUCCCUAAUGGACAAGCUCCUAGAUCUUGAUGACAAGCUACUUAUGAGGCCUGGUUCCAGUACCAUCCUUUCAACUCGAAAUUGGCCAAAUCGAGCUGUGGAGUUUAGUACAUCAUCUCUGUCACACACAGUGCAGUCCACCAAGAGACGCAAUCCAUCGCCACGAAUCCUUCAUCCGAUAAGCACAAGCCAUUCACGUGCUGGAAUACCAAGACUUGUGGAAGAAAUCCUCAGAGGAGCCCAAGUCCCAGCGGCAGCCAAAUCGCUCUCCUCUCCCUCACCAAUGCCCCUGAGUCGAAAUAAUCUGCUACCACCUAUUGGCACAGCUGAAGUGGAACUUGUGAGCACUGUGGGGCCACAAAGACAGACGAAGCCCCGUGGCGACUCCAGUCGAGCUCCAAGUGUGGUGGUGGAUGAACUUAACUAUCAGCAGCCACAAGAAAGGCUCCUUUUGCCCGACUUUUUCUCCAGGCCCAACACAACUCAAUCAUUUUUGGUAGAGUGACAUACUUCCUAGAAUGAGCUUGAUGGUUGGGGAAAGAAAAGGUGGGGGGAAUAGUAGUUUGGCAGACUUAAGACUUUAUCUAGAGGAUUAACUCAGAAUAAAAGUUGAGUUUCUAACAAUAAAAAAAAAAUACUAGCAAGGGAAUACAGUUGGUACAACUAGCAAUGAGCGGGUAUGAAAUGAAAGAUUAUCUUAAAAUUUGGAACAAAAUAAAUUUUAAAUUGUA